AUGGUUUGGGUAGUUUCCGAGCUUCAAAAACGAGAGGUAUCGACGCUUUUAAUUCCAAGAAAGACAAGCAUUGUCCACUACCCAGGAUAUUUGGUAAGGAGCCAGCCGAAAUGA